UUUCCCAUCCGCGGUUAGUGUGCAGUCAGCUCUUUGCCAGGCGGCGGGUGGACUUGGAUCUCCGAAGGGCUGACUUAAAAAAAAAAAAAAAGGAAGGACAGUGCGUGUGUGGUUGUUUGUGGUGUGUGUUGUGUUCGGACGUGAAGAUGGCGGCGCUGGCCGUAACGCCCUGGCGAGACGGCGGCGCCGAUUUGGCCAGCGGUCCGCCCCAGGCCGUCACCCCGUCCAGCUCGGACAAGAACAACGGUCAGCAGCAGCACAUAGAGUGCGUGGUGUGCGGCGAUAAGUCCAGCGGUAAGCACUACGGACAGUUCACGUGCGAAGGAUGCAAGUCGUUCUUCAAAAGGAGCGUGCGGCGGAAUCUGACGUACACGUGCCGGGGCAACAGAAACUGCCCCAUUGACCAGCACCACCGGAACCAGUGCCAGUAUUGCCGGCUCAAGAAAUGCCUCAAGAUGGGAAUGCGAAGGGAGGGUAGGUGCACAGCGGUACAGAGGGGGCGGGUCCCCCCAAGCCAGCAUGGCCUCCCUGGACAGAUGACUCUGACCAACGGAGAUGCUCUGAAUGGCACCCAUUCCUCCUACCUGUCCAGCUUCAUCUCACUAUUGCUGAGGGCCGAGCCUUAUCCGUCAUCUCGGUAUGCCCAGUGUAUGCAACCGAAUAACAUUAUGGGCAUCGACAAUAUUUGUGAACUUGCAGCGAGACUGCUCUUCAGUGCCGUCGAAUGGGCUCGGAACAUUCCAUUCUUUCCCGACCUCCAAGUGACUGACCAGGUGGCACUUCUGAGGUUGGUCUGGAGCGAACUAUUCGUGCUCAACGCCUCACAGUGUUCCAUGCCCUUGCAUGUGGCGCCCUUGCUGGCAGCGGCGGGGCUUCAUGCAUCCCCUAUGGCUGCGGACAGAGUGGUGGCUUUCAUGGACCAUAUACGAAUCUUCCAAGAGCAAGUCGAGAAACUGAAAGCGCUACAUGUUGAUGCAGCGGAAUACAGUUGCCUCAAAGCCAUAGUCCUCUUCACAACAGAUGCUUGUGGAUUGUCAGACGUGGCCCACAUCGAAGGCCUUCAAGAGAAAUCUCAGUGUGCCCUGGAAGAAUACUGUCGCACCCAGUACCCUAACCAACCCACGCGGUUCGGCAAACUGUUGCUUCGCUUGCCAUCUCUCAGGACUGUCUCAUCCCAAGUCAUAGAGCAACUAUUUUUCGUCAGACUGGUGGGCAAGACACCCAUAGAAACGCUCAUAAGGGACAUGCUUUUAAGUGGUAGUUCUUUCAAUUGGCCAUACAUGCCCCUGCAGUGACCCAGAGAUUUGCUCAACCAGGGGCCGCAGUUUUCGGUGGCGUGGACCGCCACUGGUUGGUUGUGACACUUCCUGGCCCAUCUCUGGGCGAAGGAAAGCAUCGACCAUUCCAAUCAGAGUCUCACCAUUCUCGGGUCGAAGGACAAUGUUCUAGAACGACCGUCUGUUAGAAAAGUUGGUUACUGGGCUGUGUGUAUAAAGAACAGGAGAUGAUUAUUUUGUUGAAUGUGAAUCUAUUGUUUGCUCAUUUACAUUCAGAUGUUGGUUUUCAUUCAUUAAUUCAUCGAUAUUUCUUUAUUUCCUUUUUUUUUAUUUGCUUGAUACCAUUUGUACAGUAUUAUGAGCAAAAACUUCUCAAGAUCCUGUUUUAAUAUUAUAUCUGUAAAUUGUUUUUUGAGAGGUUUUAUUUCUCUAUCUGUGUUAUGUUGUCAUGGUUAUCUUUACGACUGAAACGGUGAAGCAUCGACAAAAAUUUGAUGUCAGAAAAUAAAAUUGUCCUCUGACAAUAUAGUUCAAUCCAAUUUAACGUUUUUUACUUUUAUUAACUGUACUUCAUAACUUUACAUAUAAAUUUCAUAUUAAUUAACUUUACAUGUUACCCAGUUUUAUUUUAAAUGUUAAUUACAUUUUGAUAUCAUUUUACUGAAUUUCAUACAUUCGUUUGCUCAAAAUUUUCAAUAUCUGUAGCCAUAAAAAGAAUUAAGGUUAUUAUUUUUUUUUUAUUUCUUAAUUUGACCAAAAGGUUAGGACAAUUUUCUUUUCUGACAUAUUAAUUUGUUAUUAUGCCAUCUUGCAGAGGUGAAAACAGCGCAUCGGUCAAUGGUAUUAAAAAUGUUUUCAUGCGUACUCAAUAAUUUUAUAUUUGAAAUAGCUGGGUUUUUUUUUCUUUUAUUUUUCCCAUUAAGUUAAAAAUAAUUAUCAUUUUUAAUUAAUUGCUCAAAUGAUUAUUAAUUUUUUAACUUUCAUUUUAAAGCUAUCUCAAAUAUAAAUUUUUGAGUAAUUGGUUCUUGCCAUUGGCUGAUGGAUAGGUUAUAUAAUAAACUAUUCGUCAGACGAAUCCAAAGACUUUAAUGUCUGUUUCAUUGGUUCACUUUGGCCAGUGCUUGUACGUAUUUGUAUAUACAUCAAAUGUAGUUAUAUCAGCAUUCAAAGUACCGACGCUAAAGUGAUAGCAUUAGUUUAAUUUUGCAAUUAAAGAAUUUAUUUUGUUUUUGCCUUUUCAUACAUUUUAUCAUAGUUUGUUCAUAUUACUUUUUGUGAUAUCUUUAAAAUUAUGAGCAUAAUUUUAUGCGCAGUUGCAACUUGUAGCAGUUGAACAUCGUAAAAAAAUAUUUUCAUUCACUGUGGUAUGCCAUUUUAUUUUAUACAUAGGAAAAAAAUAAUACCAGAAAGGUAACUAUAAUGCAUUUGUGAGAACCAAAAUGGUCUAAUGAUAUAAUUUAAAAAAAUAUAUAUAUGGUUAAUUGAACUUGGAAAUAAGAAGUUUAUUUGUUUGGCUGAACAAUAGUUGAAAAAUUAAUAAUUAAUUUAAUAAAAAUGAUUUUAUGAAGGCGUAUUUGUGUAUGGGGAGAACAAUAGUUAUGUCUUCAUUAAUAAUUAUGAAUCAGUGUCCCCCCAGAUAAAUAGCCAUGACUGUAAUUAUUUAUGCCUAAAAUUUAACACCUUGUAACUAAAUAACUAUCAGUUUGGUAAAGUAUUAUAAGCAUGCAUAUCAGUUCAAAAACAUUUUCAUACAAAGACAGCCAGUGAAAAAGUAGGUGGGCGCAUUUUAAUACCUAAUAAAAAUAACGAAUCAGAUAAAAUUAUAAAGCGUUAUAUUAAAAAUAUUAUUGCUGUACUACACUUUGCAAACAUUAAAACCGUUUAUAUAUGAGCGUGUAUAAUUUUCAGAAUCAUUUAGCUGACUUGUGCAAUUUCAUUUCGUAAAAAAGGACCGAUUUGCAAAAUUGUAAGACUUUUAGAAAACAAUUGCCACCUUUUUUUUUCUUUGACCUGAAUUAUUUUUAUUGGGUAGGUAUUUAUAUUGAACCAUAAGCAUUGGAAUUCUUAGUUAUGGCUCUAAUGAGACUUGAAAUUAUGAUUGUUCAAGAUCUUAUCAAAUUCUAAAACAGCCCUGGUCCCAGUGAUGUUCAAUGUUUAUAUCCUCUCUGUCACUAAGCCACUGCCAUGAAUCUCAUUAUUUAUCUGCAUGUGCUCUAGAAAUAAUAAUAACAGACACAAAUAGAUCUUUAAAAAGUGCCAAAGUGGCAAGCAGUUAACCUAACUAAAUAUAAUGUAAAAUUCUUGCGUUGGACCGCAAUCAAAUAAAUAACUUAUUACAUCUUUUGCUUAAAAGUAAAAAAAUAAAUAAAUAACUUCGUAAAAAGGUAUUACCUAGGCAAAAAAAAAAAAAAAAAAAAAAAUCAUUACUAUUUAGUUUUCUUGCGCAAAAUAAUUUUGUUCCCCCUUCCUCUUUUACAACAAACAAAUCCGAUUUGUUUUACUAGAUUCUAAAGUGUAACACAGCGCCAUCUAUCGAAUUCGAAGAAUACGAGAAAGUUUAAAGAUAAAUAUUUUUUUUUUUUUUAAAUAGUUGUUUUCAUUGAUGACCAAGAAAACUUUUGAUAGUACAAAACUCUUUAAACUUUUUUUUUCUAUAUGUACAUAAUUGCAUCGUCGCUGAUUUUAAAAUAAUCAUAUAUGCGUCGGUACUUAAAAUGAUCUAUAAAUAAAUAUAUACAAACAAAUGCGUAUACAUUUUCAGCAGUGCAUUAUAUAAAUAAUUCAUCAAGUAGAAGUUAUUUUUUGAAGAUCUUUCCAAAAUAUGUAUUUUAAUAUUUCUCGUUUCCUUUUUUCCUCAUGUUUGUAAAAAUAAACAAAGUGUUAUUAAUUUAAUCUGUAAAUGUCACUUGUUAGUUUUGCACUUGCAAAUGCGAGUUUAAAAUAAAUUCCCGUAUUCCAAAGAAAAUAUAAUUUCCCCUAUUGUGAUAAUAUUAACUGAGGAAAAUGAGGAGUUUUUUUUUAUAUGUCGUUAUUUUUAUAAGUGUAAUUUUAUUUAUAUAAAAAAAAAUUGAAAAGUUUUUCCGAAUGACUUAAUUUGUGGUAUUUUUGUAGUCACGGCAUAUGUUGUAUAUCAUUAGUAUAAUAAUUAAUUAUCUCUUACAAUUAAAUACAAAAAGUAUUCAUUUCUUAUGAUUUUAAUUUAAUUGGUAUUUUUAAUAUACGUAUGUAAAACUCUUUAAAUUUUACUUAGCUUUAAAUUUUAAUUUCAACCUUUGAAUUUCAUUAAAAUAAAACUUCAUGAUAAUGAUGGAAAGUUUGAAAGAUCAUUGACAAAUAACUUUUCUACUUUGUCGUGCUGUACAGCUGUCAUUCGCCAUUGUAUUGUGUUCAGUCACGUGGCUUUUGGUGAAAUGUCACGUGGUUUAUCACGAGGAACUUGAUCUUACAUGAGUCCUGUAUGAAACUGUGUAAAAAUUCUAAAGAGUUACUGGCCUACUAAAGGAUCUAGUUACGAGAGUUGCUUCGACUUUUUUUUAAAUACAUAUAAUAUUCGUUUCUGAUUUGAAAACUCUAAUUUCUAUCAAAAUACAUGUAUUCUCCUUUCUAAUGGGGAUAUAUGUUUUAACUCUUCGGUUUCAUUGGUUCUCUUCGGGUUUCAUUUUAUUCAAUAAAUAUCAUUGAUUAAAUUAAAUAUUGUGGAAUCAUCAAUAAAUAUUAAGUAUCUCAUCUGUUCAUUCAUCAUUUUUUUUAAUUUACUACAUUAAUUUGAAACUAUAUUAUUGGAACGUAGUGCAAUUUAAAAGUUUUUCUUCUGUUGAACAAGCAGAUUAUUCUAUCACAUGCAACAAUUAAACAUGAGUAAAUAUAAUGAUUCAUAUUUAAUUGAAUAAUUAUAAUAACUAAUAGUUAUUAUAUAGCUAUUAUUUUUUAUAAGUUCGACUCGAAGUAAUGCAGUAUAGAUUUUAUCAUUUGUUUUCAUUUUUUUAAUUCUAUGUGAUUGAAUUUAAAAUUAUUAAUAAAAAGUUGAAUGUGUAACAUUUUUUUUCUCGAAAAAUCAAAGAACUAUGCACAACUUUUUAAAAAAAUAAUCACUUAUAUGUAUCCUCUUAAAUGUAUAUUGAAUAAGUUAUUUGUUAACAAUUUUGCCUUUACUAUAUUUUUACGUUUCUUUAAAAUUUAUUUUAUAUUCAGAAACUUUUUUUUAAAAAAAAUCAGAUAAUGAAAUGGAGUUAUUUUAUGCUAUAUCAUAUAUCAUGACAGACGUAAUUACCCUAUUUCUAACUGCAUAAUUCAUUUUCUUCCUGCUAGAUUAAGAAUGGGUUAAAAAUUUUAAUUGAUUCGGCUGAAUUUACAUGCUUCAAUUAAACUGAAUCGACUCUAUUCCUUUAGUUUCUGAAUAUAUAUAUAUAUAUAUACCUUUUCUUCUUAUACAAAAUUGAUAUAUGUAUUUUAUUCUUCAAGCAUGUCAAAGUAUAUUACUGUUCUUGUAUGUUUAAUGCAAGAUUUUCUAAGCUGUGUUAUUUAAAAGAUUACGAAAAGUAAAUAAUCAAAACUGUUUUCCUGAAUUUGUUAUUUUGAUCAUUCUUUUACAUUUUAUUUAUCUGAAAAACAGUUUGUACAGGACUGCCAAGAGAGGAUCAUUUUGUGAAUACAACACAUGAGAAAAUAAAAAGUAU